AUGGCGUUUCUCGAGAAUUAUCAUAACUGGUUGAAGGUCGCCGAUACGGCCUUGCCCCAGAACAUCAUUGGAUACCUUACCCAGCUAUGUCUUGGGCCUCUUCGAGCUGAUCCUUUCACACUUCUGCCUUACGACCAUCCAAAGGAAAUCGCAAAAUGUGGACAUAAAGUCGGCACGAGUUUCUUGCACGGAGAGUUACCGGAAAGGGAGGGUCCAAGGCCGGAAAUCUCUCGAUGGAUAGCUCCCCACCGACAGACAACUCAACUGACUGGAGAUGACAUGCACAAGCUACUCGCUCAAGCUAUGGAAGAGCUAGCAGCGAAAUACUCGUCACAUACCGUCGUCCGGACUUCUGUGCUGGAAAAAUCAGGAGAUGCCUUUCUCGUCGCAGAUGGCGUUGCUACUCCGCACAGCAUCGCCAAGAGUACGAAACGCGAAAUUGCUCAUGUUCAUGCUGGUACUGGAAGUGGUGACUAUUCAUUGCAUAUGUCUUUGAGUCCGGCCGAUUGCAAGGAGGUGAUUUCAAAGAAGUGGGGUGAGAGGAUGACGCUGGCUGGCUCCUUGGUACCGCAUGAGUAUUUGAUGGUCUAUACGCCAAGGACGAAGGAGGAGGUCGAGGUUGUAAAGACUAUUGUGAGCGCGGCGAUAGAGUUCAUGGCAGGUGUUGAGAAGCCUUCUGGAUAG